UUAAAGUCAACUUCAUCAACCGGAAGAAGUAUAAAAGACUUUUACUUAGAAUAAGACUCUAGUUUUGUAGGAAUUACACUGUAUUUUGUCGCACGUGCGAGGCCAUGUCCAAAGCUAAACAAAAGCGAGCGAAAAGACUGGGGUUCUGUGGUAAAAAGGCCAAAGCCUUUGAACAACUGACAAACCCAAGAGGAGGAAGAAAAUUUCCUGAAUUGCCUAAUGGUCCUAACUUUAAAGAACACAAUGAGAAACAAGCUGAAAAUCGAAAAAAGAGGCUGGAGGAGCAGCGCCAAAGGCAGCAGCAGUCCAGGGAUGGUGAGCUGAUGAAGAGAAGAAAUCUCGAUGUUUUCCAGAAAGACGUCCAGGAACGACAGCGAGAAUUUGAACAAAGGGAAAUAGAAAUGAAAAAUUUGGAGAAACAUGUCAGUUUUGAAAAUGAGAAUUCAAGGAAGAUGUAUUACAGAGAAUUUAAAAAAGUGAUUCAAGUCUCAGACGUUAUAUUGGAGGUUUUGGAUGCUAGAGAUCCGUUAGGCUGUCGCUGUCCUCAGGUUGAGCAAGCUGUUGUCCAGAGUGGAACGUCUAAGAAAAUUAUUCUUGUUCUUAAUAAAAUUGAUCUAGUGCCCAAGGACAUUGUGGAAAAGUGGAUUAAGUAUCUUCGCAACGAGUUCCCCACAGUGGCUUUCAAAUCUUCCACCCAACAGCAGAACAAGAAUUUGAAACGUAGCCAUGUGCCAGUGAGCCAGGCCACUCAAGAACUCCUGGGCAGCAGUGCAUGUGUAGGGGCUGAAUGUCUCAUGAAGCUGCUCAACAACUAUUGUCGUCUCCAAGACAUUAAGACAGCAAUAACUGUAGGAGUUGUCGGAUUUCCUAAUGUUGGAAAGAGCAGUUUGAUUAACAGUUUGAAGAGAGCACGAGCUUGCACUGUAGGAGCUACCCCUGGUGUAACAAAGUGCCUUCAAGAGGUGCAUAUAGACAAGCACAUCAAGAUUUUGGACUGUCCUGGUAUUGUCAUGACCUCAUCCAGCGAUGCUGGUGUUAUUCUUCGGAACUGUGUGAAAAUUGAACAGUUAGUUGACCCAGUCCCAGCAGUUGAAAUAAUUUUACGACGCUGCAGUAAAAAACAGAUUAUGGACCACUUUGGUGUUCCAGAUUUUCAUACAACUCUAGACUUUCUGGCACUGCUUGCCCAUCGCCAGGGCAAGUUGAAAAAAGGGGGAAUGCCUGACAGUGACCAAGCUGCUAAGAGUGUUCUUAUGGAUUGGACAGGAGGACGUAUCAACUACUUCACACACCCUCCGGAAACACACACACUACCAGUGCACGUCAGCGCUCAGAUUUUAACCGAGAUGAGCAAGGAGUUUGACUGGGAUGAGCUUGAAAAGGGAAACCAGGAGACUUUAGCUGAAUGUAACUCAGGAAAUGUUGAGAUGGACUUUUGCAUGACCACAUCAGGAAUGACUGAUAUCUGCCAUGAAGAGGGACCAGAAGUAGCUUCCCAACACACUUCUGUUUGUGUGGAUGCAGAUGAUCCAGAGUUUGGACCCAUGACCGUAGAUCUGAAAGCUGGAAAAAUAAAAUAUGGUGCAGUGAUGGAUUCAACUGCCAAGCCUGUGGAUUUGGAUAUUCUAGAUGUUGACCCACUUCAACAAGGCCAUGCACUUUUAGCUGCUAAGAAAAAAAGGAAGAAACAGCAAAAGAGAGCAGACAAACUUGCCACAAAACUCUCAGAUUCUCUCGUGUCAGCCAUGAAUUUUGGCUUUCUGGACAGCUGAAAUUAUGAGCAACAAUAAAGCAUAAACAGGAACUUCUCAUUGCCAACAAUCUUUUCUUUUUUUUGUUGACUUUUGUUACACCUCUUCUACCAUUUUAAUGAACAUCAAGCAGGAAAAAAACUGUUUAAAGAAGCUGUUUCAGACAUUUGGCCUUGCUGUGAUGGAGACCCUGUUUUGAUCAGUUUCAAAAUGUAACCAGUUAGGCUUACAAUUUCAUGAACCGGUAGUAAACCACUUUUUCUUGACACCCUGAUUCAUGGACAGACCCAAGAACAAUUUUUCUUUUGUGUUUAAAAUAAAACAAAUUUUCCACCACCAGGUAGCAGAAGCAUAGCCAGUACUCUGAAAUAUAUAUGCUUUCUAAAACCAUUAUUUUAUCCUACAGUGAUGUGCAACUGUUUAUCAGCUUGGCACAUCUUGACUUGUCAAUAUUCUCCCAUUCUUUCUAGAAAAACAUUCUAGAUCCAUCAAAUUGUAUAGGAUAAUCUUAUACACAGAUUUUUCUAAUUUCCUACAAUCUAAAGAGGUUCACUCAACCUUUAGUACCUUUCUAAAAGUGAGCUGUUGUAUCUGCUUUGUAAGCUGUUUGCAGAUGGAUUUAUCAGGCCCAUGAAGCUGAAAAUCCACCAGAAACACCUUAUCUUUUUCUGGGCUUAAACAGAAUAUUAUAAUUAUUUCAUUGACAGCAAUUUUAUAAUUACUUUUGAACAUGUGAUUGAUUGGUUCAUUCUGAACACAACCACAUCCAAUUACAAAAGGGUUUACACACCUAAUCAACCAGGUCAUUGUAAUUUUCCUAAUGGCUCUGAAUAUUUUUUUUUUUUUUCCCACUUACAACAACUUUGUUGUAAUCACAUUGAGGCAGAGUGUCCUAAAUAAUUUAUCUAUAUUCUAAUAUAAUCUAUUAUGUUAUGUAUUUUGUAGGUUUAGUUGUUUGCAUGCACAAAAACCUGUCAUUUUCACAGGGCUGUGUAGAUUUUAUGUGCAUGUAUUUAAAAGCUAAUAAAUAUAAUUCAGCUCA